AUCUCUUUCUGACCCUGCAGUGGCCGUAUAAGGGCAGGCCGAUGGAGAAAUCCUUCCUGUACGAGAUAGUGGCAAACAAAAGAAAUGGUAUUGAUGUGGAUAAGUGGGAUUAUUUUGCAAGGGACUGUUACCAUCUCGGCAUACAGAACAACUUUGACUACCAGCGCUUCCUCAAAUUUGCUCGAGUGUGUGAAGUGAGAGGAAAGAAGCACAUCUGCACCAGAGACAAGGAAGUUGGCAAUCUCUACGACAUGUUCCACACACGUAACUGCCUCCAUCGCCGGGCGUACCAGCACAAAGUGGGCAACAUCAUUGAGACCAUGAUAACGGAGGCUUUUGUGAAAGCAGAUCCUCAUAUUCAGAUCCAUGGCUCUUCAGGGAGGAUCUUCACCAUCUCUUCAGCUAUAGAAGACAUGGAGGCCUACACUAAACUCACAGAUCACAUAUUUGAGCAGAUUCUGUACUCGUCUUUGCCGGAGCUGUCCGAGGCACAAGCCAUCCUGAACAACAUUGUCUGUAGACGGCUGUACAAGUGUGUGGGGCAGACCACACCAGAGAACCACCUGGACGCCUCACCGGUGAGAGAAACAAACAAGUGUCUGUGUGUUCUGAAAAUCAACAAAAGUCUCACGGGUUUUGAAUGACAUGAGAAUCAGUAA